UAGAAGCGACUCUUUCCUCCACAGUUAAAGUCUAGUUUUAAAGAUUAGUUCCAUCAGAUUCAUGAUGGGUUCAGAACUCGAACGUAUUAAAUCUGUAGAGUGGAGACCUUUUAAUCCACCCAGAGAACCUGGGUUAAACGUACGCAGAUGUUUGAGUCGGAUCCAAAUGGUUCUAAUUCAAAGUAUUUUGAUUCACAGAAAGGCUGAACCCAAGAUUUCAUACGGAAAUGAAUUCUAUCAGAUGAGAUGUGAUUUAAUAAAAAAAGAGGAAGAAGUGAACAUCCUUAAAGAAAGAUUGAAGUCUCAUGAAAAGGAUCUUAAGCAGGCAGUUUCAGUGAUAACAGAGAAGGACAUAGAGCUGACCUCACUCAGACAAAGAGCGGAUGCUGCCAAUGUUUUCCACGCCAAUGAAAUUCAUCAUGUAAGAUCUACUCUCAGAGAGAAAGACGACCUGGAAUCAGCCAAUCAGAGGCUAACUGCAUCAAAAGCAGCUCUGGAAGAAGAUCUGAAUAAACUGAAAUCUGCUCUCAGGGAAAAAGACAAGGAAGUGAAAUCCCUUCAUCAGAGACUGGAUGAGAUAAAGACUUCGUAUGAAAAUGAGCUCCAGCAGAUGAGAUUUGAUCUCAGAAACAAAGAAGAAGAACUGAAGUCAGUCAAUCAAAGAUCUGCCUUUAAACAAAAGGAAGAACAUCUAGAAUCAGUUAAUAAAAGACUGACUGAAGCAAAGACUUCUCUAGAAAAUGAGCUCCAUCAAAUCAGAUCUGAUCUCAGAAACAAAGAAGAAGAAUUGAAAUCAGUCAAUCAAAGACUGAGAGAAACAGAGAAAUCACAUGAAAAUGAGCUUCAUGGCAUCACAUCUGAUCUCAAACAAAAAGAAAAAGAAAUGAAAUCAUCUGCUAAAAGGUAUUUCUGA